CUUUUAAAACAACCCUUUAUAUACUUGUCAGGCGCCCCUUCUCAGUCUUAGCUUUGCUGUCUGGGAGAACCCCGUUUUGCUGCCUACCUCUGACAAAGCAUACCUUAUAUACGAAGUACUGUAAAGAGAGGAACCUCUGUGGCUGUAGCCAAACACCCUCAUAACAAGUAUAUAUGGCACUGAGAAGAGAGAAUGGGGAGCACUUUCCCAAAAUAACCCACUCCCCACCCCAGGGGAACCCCUCAACAGCGUGAGAUUAGGGUUUUGGGGAAUACUUGACUUUCCUCAGAAAAUACCUUCUCUACACCCUCUUCCUAUACACUUGGUCUAUAUAGGGGUGACAUUGGAGAGAUUAGAUUAUAUUUGAGAGGAGCAUUGCAGGCAGGGUUUUUGUAGUGGUGGUUGGUUAUUAUUUACUUAAUGACUUCAGCCAGAGAAAUUCCCGAAGAUUCCCCAGGCCAAAUCCUGGUUUUUUUUUGUUUGUUUUGUUUAUUUAUUUAAUUAAUUUUUUUUAAUGGGAUGAUUUUAGUGAGUGUGAGGGGAUGGAGGAAAUGAGCCUAAGGAACUGAACUACUAGUUCCUGGGGGGAAAAUGGGGGUAAAAUGCAAUUGAAAAGUCCAUUUUACCUUAUCUUCCCCUCCCCACCUCUCCUCCACUUCCCCUGUUGCAGGGUUUUGUUUAUAUAACAAGUAGUUCAGCUGGAUUCUCCUGAAGAAUUCCUUCAUUUAUUUAUUUAUUUAUUUAUUCAUUACUAUUUUUGAUUGGAUGAUUUGUCUUUUUUGUAAAGGGUGGGUAAUACUAUUGAGUAUUCAAUUAAAAUACUUGCCUGAGUUUUAAAGUAGUAUUAGAAAUUUUGGUUUGUAGGUGGGGGGAUGGGUAGAUGUUUGCCAAAUUCGGAGAUAUUUCAUGUUUUAGGAACCAGAAGGUGGUUUCCCCCAACCCUACCCCACUCCAGAGAACUUGUAAGGAAUUAGCAGCUGGAGAUAUUAAAGUUUGGGCCCGAGUUGUUGUUGGUUUUUUUUUUUGGGAGGGGAUAGUGGUGGUUGUGAGAACGGACAAAGAAAAAGGUUUAGGGAAUGAAUAAAUGAGUAAAAUUGUUUCUAGGGAAGAGGUAAACCAAGACAUUGUUUUGUGUACUCUUCCUGCUAUAAGGUUGAGUGUGUAUAAAGGAUGAUAGCAGUCAUAUUGGUGGCUUUUCUUAAGGCUGUAGGAAAACUUGUAACUGUGGAUAUGUGUGUGUUUAGACAAAGCUGCUUCAGAUUUUAGUCUAGUUCAGAAAAUAGGAAAUGACACUGAUUGUGGCAGAAUCCGAGUUAUUUUUAUCCUGGAUUUAGUGUUACUGUCAGACCAAUACAAAUUUUCAGCUAGUGUUUAAUUUCACAGGGAAAGGAACUCUACCUUUAAAAAAUAUAUAUAAUGUUCUUAAAAUAUAUACAUGUGGGUUUUUUAAAGGUUGAGAAUAAGCCCAAUUUGACCUGAGCCUUCCCAAGACUGCUCCUUUUGUUCAUUUAGUAGUUGUGGCAUCAAGAAUGAUUACCGCAUUUAGGAGUAGGGGCAUCUGAGGAGGGGGCUCUGGUGGUGAUACAGACAAAGAAGGGCAGGGUGAUUUUUUUCCCCCUCUUUUCUAAGUGGCUUUAUUUCAUAGUUUGUUUUUAAGUAGGUGAUGAAGAAAGACAAAGAUACAUUGGCUUCCUGUUCUUUCCCCACCUUCACUCUUUGCUGACAAAAGAAAGCAGAGGUGCUUUUAAAAUCACAGGUCUCUUGUACUCUUAACAUUCUAGAGAUUUAAAAGCUAAGGUGUCUUUUCUGUUUUAUUUUCUCUUGACACAAACAACAUGAUCCAGAAAUUCAUAUUUUUCAGAAACCUCUAUAGAUCUUCCUCCUUGUCUUUUUAUGUGUUUUGUGGCUUCCUUCCUUGGAGAUCAGUAGGCCCAAACUGAGCCAUCACUUUUUUAAUAUAAACAAUAUACUCAUAUUUAGCUGAAAUAAAACAAGCCUAGUACUAAAAUAAGUAAAAUUAUGUUGAAAAGGAAAUGAGGGUGUUGAAAAUGAGACAGAGUAAGGGAGUAGAAAAAAUAGGUCUGAUGGAAUGUACUUGCUUGUUGCCCCCACUGGCUCUUGAUUUCUUGGGUUUGUGCUUAUUACCAUUUUCUUUGCAAUCUCUUGUUUCAGCCCAUUUUUGGAUGUCUCCUGUGCAUAAUUAUGCUGCCAGGAUUUACAGCCUGGCAGGGAACCGAUAUCCACUAAAGUAGCAGGGUGUGGGGGCAGGGAGAGGAGAGGAUGGACGUGGAACUCAUGCCCCUGCUUUCCAUGGCUCAAACAGGUUCUUUAGAGACCAUGGCCUCUUGUUAGUUGGAGUCAGUGAUCUUUCUUUUGUGACUGGGUUGGUAGGAGGAGAUCUGACUUCGAAGUUAUUUGUGGAGUGAGUGUUUUGCACCGAUGCACUGAAAUAAUUUGCUGGGUGAUUAUGUUCUGAAACUCUGACUCAUUCAUUGUUUCUCUCUGGUCGUUGUGCAAACCUUCUUUUGGAUCCUAACACUGAUGCUUCUGAGCUCUGUGGAGCUGUUGUCCUAGUCCCAGUACUUGCCUUCACCCAUUGGAGUGCCUUGUGUGUGUGAGGGUGUGGAAGGAAAGGGCCCCUUAUCCGUUCAGUUGGUCAGUGGAGUCUUUUUUUGGGUCAGAACUGGAGUGUUGCUUUUUAAAUUAUAGUUUUAAACCCAGCUGAUAAUUUAGAUUAUACAAGAUCUGGGACUCUUCUGUACUUAACCUAUGAUUUACCCUGAAGGAAUAACCUGUUAAAUUUUCCCUUGGUGGAGGAACAAACUGCUCAGAUUACACCAGAUCCCUUGACCGAGGGGGUUUUUUCACUGUCUCACCCUAUUACACAGCCUUUCUGAUCCUUUUAUCUGUGAACCAGUGGCCUCUGCUAAAUGCCAGAGCUGCUUGUUUUGGGGAAGCGUCUGCAGGAGAAAGGCCACAGGCACAGCUAGGGUUGGCUCAUUGGCUGUUCUGUUACUACCCGGAAACUGAACAGUGGGCGGAGCUGCCCCAACAGCUGAUGGAGUGUGACCAGAGUGUGUUUGUAUACAAAAGAAAGGGGGCUGGUGGAGCCUGGGGAAAGACGCAAAAAACAAAAUACCGGGAGGAUUGGAGGAGUCACCAGAAUAAAGAAUAUUUGUAAGGAAUAGAAAAGUGGGUGUCUGAGAUGUCACAGUAUUUGUAUUUAGGUAGGCGAAUAGUUUUAGAAAGUUUUUGAGUUAACAGAUCAGGACUCUAGAACUGGAAAGACCCCAGAGGCCAUUUAAUCCAGCCUCUUCCAUUUUACAAAUGAGGAAACUGAGGCCUAGGGAUGCCAAGAGACUUGUUCAAAGCUACACAAGCGUGAUCUAUCCUUUGCAACAAAGAAGAAAAAAGAAGGGAAAAAAAUUCAGGACAACCAACCAACAUACCAACUUAUUGAGCAUUGAAAGCAAACAUGAAGUCACAAUCCUAGGAGGACUCAAUGAAUUUGUAGUGAAGUUUUAUGGACCACAAGGAACACCAUAUGAAGGUGGAGUGUGGAAAGUUAGAGUGGAUCUUCCUGAUAAAUAUCCUUUCAAAUCCCCAUCUAUAGGAUUCAUGAAUAAAAUUUUCCAUCCCAACAUUGAUGAAGCGUCAGGAACUGUGUGUCUAGAUGUAAUUAAUCAAACUUGGACAGCUCUGUAUGAUCUUACCAAUAUAUUUGAGUCGUUCCUGCCCCAGUUGCUGGCCUAUCCAAACCCUAUAGAUCCUCUAAAUGGUGAUGCUGCAGCCAUGUACCUUCAUCGACCAGAAGAAUACAAACAGAAAAUUAAAGAGUACAUUCAGAAGUAUGCAACAGAAGAGGCGCUGAAGGAACAGGAAGAGGGCACUGGGGACAGCUCGUCGGAGAGCUCCAUGUCUGACUUCUCGGAAGACGAGGCCCAGGACAUGGAGUUGUAGUAGAAAAAGCCACCUGCUUUUCAGAAAGACUAUUAUUUCCUAACCAUGAGAAGCAGACUAUAAUAUUCAUAUUUAAACAAAGCAAUUUUUUUUAUUACUAAACAAGGUUUUUAUGAAUAAUAGCAUUGAUAUAUAUAUAUUAUAUAUCACCCUUUAGAUCUUGAUUUCUUGGUCAUUUCUCAACCUGAGGUGCAUAGCAUAUUCCCACAUUCCAUUUUGGUAGCAAUAUGCAGCCCGAAUGCAUGCAUUCAUAAGUCCAUUUGGCCAAGUCAACUUGUACGCUACUGAGCCGGCCAUGAAACAGCCGCUGUGAUAGGUAGACGUGAGGACAAAAAAUCCUGCUUCCUCUAUUGGUGGUUCCAAAGAAAAAACCCAACCGACCGACCCUCGGACAUUAAGGUAGACUAGAGCUUUUUCAAGGUAAAGAGGAGAGACGUGGGGAGGGAGAAGGCCUGGUGUGAGCGUGCUUAGAGAGUAGCGGGGCUGCUCCUCCCCUCUAAUGUUGGCGCCCUGUGACGGGCAGUGACCGGGACCCAGGACAGGGAGCUAUCCAUCUGGAGUAGUGACGCUUAAAGGAAGGUUUUUUUUUUUUGACUUGGAUUUUAAGUACUUUUUUAUAUGUGGAUUCCUGCCCUUCAAGCUACAGGGCUCUGCAACCACGAGGGUAUUUGCUUUGGGGACCUUUUGAAAUCCUUUUUCUGGACAUGACUCAUUUUCUUGGUCUGGAUUCUGAGCUCAGAGGGGGAAAAGGAGGGAAAUGACAUGGCUAGUGCUUGGGUUCAUUCAGAGCACACGCACAAUUAGACUCUACUUCUUUGCCAGUUUGAGACUGCUGCCCUUGACUGAGAGCUUUAAACUUGCUCUUUUGUGCUGGAGCUGUGGUUAGACACAUGCUGCAAAUUGUUCUUCAUCUACCAGGAGAGGAAGGGUCUCAUCAUCAAAACGAGUCAUUCUGCUGAGCGUUAGACCUGGGAAGACUGGGCCAAUGGCCACGAAUACUUCGGCACUCUCAUUUCAUUGUUGUCUUUUUCCCCCCCUUCUUCUGCCACCCCUUGGCAGCGGCUUGGCAACCGUCUGCCCCUGGGAGGGGGGAGGGCUAUUGCAGACCCCAUACACAUUCAGAAUUCUAAGAGAAGACAAAUUUGAGCAAAUAAAGGUUAUUCCACCCAAAGUGAUUAUACAUGGGGAAAACAGGUGCAACUUUCUUCAGAUAUAGUUGAAGGGACUCUUCUGAAGGGGGGGGAGGGAAAGGGAGUGGAUGAAAUAUCUUCUCAUGUAGUAGAACAGGUUUUGAAGGUGGAUUUUUUUCCCCCCUGUUAAUGCUAAAAGGGAAUUAGACACUUUAAAAUGCCCACCAAUCAGAUGUAAACUCAGCUAGCUGCAUGUCCAGAGGUUGCCUACAAAGUUCCUUUCAGAUCUUAAUGUUGCCUGCUGUAUUUUAGGGAGUUUUGUGGAGGUUUUUAGACAGCCAGAAAAGUUUUGAUUCUUUUUUUGGUGCAACCAGUAAGGACAGUAGCAGAAUUAGCCAAUAUUGAGACACUUUAAAAACUAACGUUUUGAAUGUCCCAUAGGGCUCAUUCAGUAGAUUUUUAAAAAAAAAUUUUUUUUUCUGAAAUGCAUUUUUAAAAUUAGAAGUACUGUAUUCCACAAGGUUUGAGUCAAUGAGGUUGGAAGAUAUCCUAUCUUUUUUUUUUAAUUAAAAAAGCACAAUCAAUCUCUUUUACUUUGAAAAAUCUAUAUAAAGUACAACUUGCUUUAGCAUGAUUAUUUUCCUAAAUAAAAAGACAUACAAAGAAUUUAUUUUAUGUUAAUUACGGGCAUGACGCAAAAGGUUUUCUUUCCUUUUUAUUUCUUUAAGAUAAAAAAGUGCAGUUACGUAGGGCUGUGGUUAGUUACCGUGCUGAAGUGAUCUAUCUAGCAUUUGUGGCUUGUUGGAAGGGUAGUAUUAACUAUUUAACCUGUAAUGGUGUACGUUAACUCUUAUCUAGCACGUUGUAUUCUCAUUACUUUGGGGGAGGGAGGGUAUCUCUGCUGGCACUGUCUAACAUGCUUACCUGCUGAAUUAGCAGUUUGCUUGUGCUAUAACCUUUACUGUAGGUGCUAUUUAGGGGUAGGCUUAAAGUGCUGGGGUGGUGAUUUCAGUUAAAACAAUAAAAAAUUGUAUUUUUUCAAUAUUGUAUAAACAAUAGUGUUCUAAUUACCUUAAAUUUAUUUCCAGGUAACUAUUGUUUUUAAUCUAGUUAAUAACCAGGUUGCCAGUCCAUAACCAGGUUUGGGGGCAUGUGAACCAGUGUACUUCUCGUCUCCAUGACCAAGGCCCAUUUCUUUAAUUAAACCGACAAGCCAACAAUUCCUUCUACUCUAAAGCACCAGCAUCAGAGGUUUUUAUAGUACAGGGUGCUCUCCUAAGUGAGACUCGUUCUGGAGAUCCAUAAGCCAAUCUGAGCAUUGUUUCAUUGUGUAGCGUGUGUGCCUGUAUGUGUGUGUGCGUGUGCUUGUGUGCAUGAGUGUGUCCGUGUGUCCUUGAUUAGGGUUCUCUGUUAGCUUUCAGGGCCUCUUGCCAUUUCUAUUAUGAACUGCAUGGUGUCCUUUUAGGCUGUACACAUCCUUUCUGAGGGACUAGCUGUGAGUCUGUGCAUGUUUCCUUGGCUCUGGAUGGGAUGUUUUCUCUGUAUGUGGAAACUGGUUUUCUGCAUGUCAGAAAAGAUUGCCUGGUUAACAUUUGAUAUGCCCCGUCUUUGCCCCUUUACUAUGAUGGAGGCCCAUGGGGGGGGGUCCCAUGUAAUAGAGGGCUCUCUGUGUUCCAAGGGAGUCCAGGCACCCCCACCCCCAAUACAGAUGGGGAGAGUAAGCCAAAGUAGAUUUUGCUCUGUCUGUGGUCCAAACCUUUCUGGGUUUCCCCCUUCUACAGCUGAGACCAGGAACCAGUGCCCCCAAGGAAGACCAGACACAUCCAUUUAGGCAAAUAGCAAUGACAAUUUGUUUUCCUUUAUCAGUUCAGGCAGUAGCUGUACUUUCUGAAAUACUACCUUGUGGUUUUAUAGCACCAUGCCAUUCUCUGCCCCUGUUCAUAUGACUGAUCUUAAGCUCUGGCCAAAUCCCAACAAGCAAGAUAGUUUCAACCCAGCAGCAUUUGAUCCUCCAUUUGCCGGCGCUCAAUGGAUUCUUGAACACCGGAGCCUUGUUAGAAGCUAGUGAGUAGUGGUGGGUGACCUAGAAACGGGCACUUUGGCUCCUGUCCUUGCGUGUCCCCCCCGUUCCCCAUGCCCCCGCUUCCAGGUCACCGUACAGUUUUACCCUGGCGUCUCAUCCCUUGGAGGUGGAUCAUAACCAGAAAUUGCCAUAUCUCGCCAGGACCCAACAACCUUCUUUCCACUUCAAAAGAAGCUUUUCUAAUUGCCAACAGGUCAAUGUAAAGUCAGAGAAGUGUUUAAGCUCUGAAAAGGAGUUUAAUCUCAACAAACUCCAUGAACCUCCCAGUUCUCUUUGGUCUGACGUUUGAGUUGUAUUAAGCCUCCUAUUGUGAUGACUGGAAAAAAAAAUGAAAGGAGGCAUCCUCUAUUAAUCCUGAUGAGUGAGAUUUCUAGUCACGGUUCAGGAAUUGGCUUCUAACUCGACUAAAAUUGUCUGUGAGCCUUUUGAGUCUCAUGGACUCAUCCAGUAAAGUUUUUUUUUUAAAUCAUUCAGAAAAGUUAGCAGGGCGUGUGUUUGUGCGUGUGCGUGUGCGUGUGUGCGUGUAUAUUUUUUAAUCAGUACCCCCAAACCAAUACCCUGAAAUCAACUUAGUUCAGAUUUCUAGGAGGGCAGCAUUUCCCUCGUCUUAACCCAUGUUCAUUUUCCCCCUGGUCAUGUGGAACGUUCACAGAGGAUUCUGGAAGGCAUUGGAUUCCUCAUUGGAGUCUGAGUCUUGUGGGUGUCUCAGGGGAUGUGGAAAUAAUGAGCAGCUUUUAGCUAGGUGAGGGUUCUCCACCAUCACUGUAUGCCAUUCAAGGGGGCAGGGUCCUGCUUUUGGGUUUGCCUCAGUUAAGCAGGCCCUCUGGCAGAUCUGUAGGCAUCAUGAGAAAUGGCCGUUAUUUACUGACUGUAUUUGGUACAUAUUGUGUGAUACUUGAAGAGAUGAACGGGGCUUCCAAAGCCCUUCAUUGGAGUCUAAGAUUUUUAUCUUUUUUUCUCCCCCAUACCCUCCUCCCUACCACCUUUUUUUCUUGCAUUGUGAUGAUGUAGUGGGCACAUCUGUCAACAGGACGAAUGCCUCUUCUCUAAGACUAUAACCUCUCAAAUAGUUGUGUAUAAUGAAAGAACUGUAAACUUUUUUAAAUAAAAUGUAUAUACCUUG